AUGGGCCGCCCACUCUUCUCAGAGGCUGUUGCUGUCAGACGUACGGUUCCUUGGACGAACGCCGACGAAUAUUUGUCAUGGCCGAUGGAAAAGUUGGUCCACGAAGUUAGAGAAUACAUAAAAGCCCUGGAGGUGAAUGCGGAUUCCAUUGCUUCUUCCGCCGGCCCCUUUCAUGGGCGAGACUUCUGGAUUCAAAACAUACAACGCCAGGAGUUGCGGCAGCGAUCCAUCGUAUUCCUGGCCCACUUUAAUGCCUUGCUUGCCGCGAAAUAUCAAUCCCAUCAAAUCAGCAGCUUUGAGGAUUGGAUGGUCGACUUCGACACAUCCCAGCUUUAUCAAACUAGGUUUCUGGCGCACGUGGAGCUUGAGCGCAUCGCCAGACGCUGUGCAUUUUCAGCCACUGGUCCCACGGCCAGUCUACAUAGCGACGGCUUUUCGAUAUACUCGAUACGACUUCAUGACCCACACCUUUGGGAGGAGCAUUUGCGCGAUGAUGUUCGGUUCGACUAUCAGGAAAUGCGUCUGAAAAUGGCUGAACUGUACUGUGGCUCCUCUGCUCUGGAGAAUAACAACGUCUGGGAUCCUGUACUCGGUGGUAUGAACCCGGAUUUGAGCUACCGCGAUUCCAUGCUUCUGUUCCCUUACAGGUCCAGAGAUACCAUGUUAAGAAUAUUCGGCUGCUUUUCCAACAGGGUAUGCAAGGCCGACAACGGACUCUUCCUCCCUCCUUCCGUCUCGAGGGCCAUUGAAGAGGGUGUUCUGGCGAUCGUCCCUGAUCUCGGCAUGGAACCUCCGUCAAAGAUCAGCCAAACGGAAUUGUUUGAAAGCCGCUUCGAUGAGUGGAUGAACAAGGUCCAGGACUAUCAGUUGAUCGUCAUUAAUGAAGCGCACCCGCUAGUCCACGACACGUGUAAGAUCACGACAAAAUAUGGGGAUGUUGAACGCGAACUUGGUUCGCUUCACGGCCACAAGCUGAAGUUCAAGACGUCCAUGAGACCGCGAGUCUCUUUCGUCGGGUGGUCAUUCCUGUCUGCAGCCUUGGUGGCGUCAUGGCGAUGCCUGAGAAACUAUGAGCAUACAACCCACGCUGCGCACACCAAAAGCCAGGUGGAAAAGGCCAUUCGUUACUGGGGAAAGAGCGCAGUGAAUCUGUUAGAGGCAAAGGUUUUUAUUGGAUUUCUCCUUGCUAUGGGGGUGACCGAGAGAGAGUCCUAUAUGCAGAACCGUGACGACCUCGGUGUCGCUAUCGUCGCAAUCGAGCGUGCAUAUCCAAUGCAGAAUCCUCAUUAG